CAAUGGGAUAUCCAGCAGAUAAUUUUGAGUCAUUAUAUAGAAAUUCAUUAGAUGAAGUUUAGAGAUUUUUGAAUUCUCGACAUCCUGAAAAAUACAAAGUUUUUAAUUUGUAAUAAAGAUAAAUUAAAUAAUAAGGUGUUCAGAAAGAUAAUAUCGUCACGAUUUAUUUUAUAAGGUAGUAGAAUUUCCAUUUGAAGAUCAUUAACCUCCACCUUUUUAAAUAAUAUUACCAUUUUGUUUAACAGUUUAGAAAUGGUUAAAAAAAUAAGAUAGAGUAAUAGCAGUUCAUUGUAAAGCAGGUAAAGGAAGAACAGGAACUAUGAUAAGUUGUUAUUUAUUAUUUUCUAAAUAAUAUGAUUCAUCAAAAGAUGCUUUAAAAUAUUAUGCAAUGAUUAGAACAUAAAAUUAAGAAGGAGUAACAAUACCAAGUUAAGCAAGAUAUGUUGAGUAUUUUAAUAUUGCAUUAAAAAUGAAUUUAUUAUAUGUACCACCAAGAACAGUUGAAUUGAUAGAAGUUAGGUUAGUUGGAUUACCAAAUUUUGGUAUAUUUGGUGGAUGCAGUAUAAUUUAUUUAAUUUAUCUUAGAACCUUUUAUUAGAAUAUAAAAUGAAAAUAAAUAGUUAAUAUAAUAACCAACAAUAUUAAUUAAUUAAGAUUAAUCAAAAUAAUAAUAUAGUGCUAUUUUCAAAUUUUAAGGAGUUUAUUUAAGUGGAGAUGUUGUAGUCUAAUUUUUUCAUAAAUCAAUAGUUUUGUAAAUUUUAAAUUAAAUGAGAUAAGAGAAGAGAAAAUGUUUUAAGCGUGGCUUCAUACUUCAUUUGUAUUGAUGAGUCCAUAAUUAUAAAUGUUUAAUAGACAUGAAUUAGAUGGAGUUAACAAAGAUAAAUAAUUUAAGAAAUUUCCAAUUAAUUUAUGUCUAGAAAUACUUUUUGAUAAAGUUGUAGCAAUUCGUAGAAGAUCAGAUUGUAUAAAAUGA